CCUGUAAUUGUACAGAAAGGGCAGCCGGACCCCUGUUAAACCUAUAGCGCUGGCUUGGCUAAGCUAAGCAAGGCUAGGCUAGGCUAAGCUAAGCUAACGUGAUACUAAUAACGUUACGGUCUCCAAGCCCAAACACACUACAAGUGUUGAUCCAACAAAGACACGGCCAGCUAAUUUACAGCUUUUAUUUUGGGUGUAAGUGUGAAUGGCGUGUGAUUUGCUGCUACCUGCUCAUAUGAUGCUUCAGUCCUGGGUGUGGAUUAAGUGAACAUGAUGGCAACCCAGCCUUUAUCAUUAGAAAAGUACCAGGAGGGAGUGCAGCAGUUGCAACAAGUGGAUCAAGCAAAUAAUGAUACGGAAAAGAGUCCAAUGGACACAGACAAAUCUUCCAUAUACAGGCAUCCACUCUUUCCUCUUCUUGCACUCCUUUUUGAAAAGUGUGAGCAGUGUACUCAGGGGCCUGAUAGUGUGUCAUCAGCAAGCUUUGAUGUUGACAUAGAGAAUUUUGUACGCAGUCAAGAGAAAGAGAGCAAAACUUUCUUCAGUGAAGAUCCUGAACUGGACAACCUGAUGGUGAAGGCCAUCCAGGUGCUGCGGAUUCACCUGCUGGAGUUGGAGAAGGUGAACGAGCUGUGUAAAGACUUCUGCAGCCGCUACAUAUCCUGCCUCAAGACCAAGAUGAACAGCGAGACUCUGCUCAGUGGAGAGCCAGGCAGCCCCUAUUCUAGCAUGCAGACUCCAACGCCCAACUCAUUCUCAUCAUCAAUGAGCCCCCAGGGAUUAGUGGUGCCACAAGGCAAUGUUACCGUGACAACAGGAAACACAUCACAGACGCUAGCAGGUGGUGCAUUUUAUCAGCCAGUCACAGUACUCAGUCCAGAAGGUCGAGUAGUCGCACAAGGACUCUCUCCAAGCACCCUACGCAUUCAAAACCCUCAGCAGCUACAGUUGCAGCUAAAUCAGGAUUUGAGUUUCUUCAGCUCUGAGGACAGCUCAUCUAAAAACAAGCGGGGGGUUCUCCCCAAACAGGCCACCAACGUCAUGCGCUCCUGGCUCUUCCAACACAUCGGGCAUCCUUAUCCUACAGAAGAGGAGAAGAAACAGAUUGCUAAUCAAACCAAUCUGACUUUGCUUCAGGUCAAUAACUGGUUCAUUAACGCACGGCGACGGAUCCUGCAGCCCAUGCUGGAUGCCAAAUCCACAGAGACCCCCAAAACCAAAAAGAAGACUCCACAGAACCGCCCCCUACAACGCUUCUGGCCUGACUCCAUCGCCUCCCCUGUAUCCCAGCAACAGCUCACCAUGGCAGAUGGCACCAUGGUUACAUUUGGGAUGAGCAUAGACGGCUUCCAGGCUCUUUCAUCAGACGGAGAGAUCCUCACCAUGCAGCAGGUCAUGAUGGAUGAUAACAGUGACGACGAAACGAUGGAUAGUGAAGACGAAGAGCACACAGGCCUGUCUUCAGCUAACAUGACCGAGCUGCAUCUGGAAACCAGUGACUGAGACUCACACAUAAACACACUCUGACACGUACACACAGACACAUUUUAGGAAAAACUUGCACACAAAGACUUUCACAAAUGUUAAAGCCAAUAGGUUAUCUAUUAUGUUUCAAUGGUAACUUUGGCAAUGCUGAUAUUCAUGCACUACAGAGAACAAACACUAAAAAGAGGGUCUCGGAAAAGAAUCCUUCAAAGUACAUAAAGUACUGUACAUAGACGUUUACAGACAGCACAAGCUUGUGGACAGGUGCGUGUGUAAAGUGAAGAGAGUUUUUAUUGCGUAGUUGUUUAGGUGAGUGCACUUUUUUAUGAUAAACUCCAAAAUAGCAGGCAAAAAAAAUGAAACAGAACAAAAAAGUGAUUGAGGCAAGGUUUUUAAACUGUGUUUAGUUAGUGUUUGGUAAUGCUUUUAUGAAUUUUUACGACUUCAUCUGGAUGCCAACAUUUUGCGAGUUUGUGAUUGUGAUGGUUUUAUUCUGCAUGUUAGUGUUUCCCGUGUCCUCACUCGCUCUCAGAGGGCAAACACAAACUGAUAAAAGAGGAUUAUUUUUGUAUAUGAAAA